AUGUUAAACCAUGAUGUAAAUGUGAUAAUUGAAGAUGAAGCCGCUAAUAGUGGUAAUAAAAAUGCACAAUUUAGUUUAGCUAAAUUAUAUCAGCAUAAAUUAAAUUUUAAAAAAGCAUUUUAUUGGUAUCAACAAUCAUCUAAUCAAAAAAAUAGUAUUGCACAAUAUAAUUUAGCCGAAUGUUAUAAAAAUGGAUGGGAACAAAUUACAAAAGAAUUUUUACUUGUAAUGGAAUAUGCAAAUGGUGGUAAUCUUCAAAAUUACCUUAAUCAUAAUUUUAAAGAUUUAACAUGGAACGAUAAGAAGAAAUUGGCAUUUCAAAUCGCAGAUGGAUUAAAUUAUUUACAUAAUGAGGAUGUCUUACAUAGGGAUCUUCAUUCUAAAAAUAUAGUUAUUCAUGAAAAUAAUGCCAAAAUCACAGAUUUUGGUAUUUCGAAAGUUGAAAAUCAUACCACUAUAUUUAUUGGAACUUUUUGUAAAGUUGCCUAUAUGGAACCACAAAUACUUGCAAAUCCAAAAUUUCAAUAUAUUAAAGCUUCAGAUAUUUAUAGUUAUGGUGUAUUAAUGUGGGAAAUCUCUAGUGGAUAUCCUCCAUUUAGAGACCAUAAUGGUGACUUUUUAAUAGCUAAUGCUAUUAUUAAUAAAAUUCGCGAGGAUGCUGUACCCGAUACUCCUGAAGAUUAUGAAAAACUUUACAAAAAAUGCUGGAUCCAAGAGCCCAGGCAAAGACCAACUAUUUUAGAAAUAGUGGAAGUAUUUUCAAAGAUGGGCUUUAAAAUGAGCAUUAAAGACGAAUCAGCCGAACAAAUCGUGGCGAAAAAUGAUACUGAUUCCGAAUCACAAGUUAACAAUGAAUUAUCUGAAUGCAUUCAAAUUGAUUCUUUUGCAGAUUUAUCUGCAUAUCGUUUCGGUUUUCAAUGUUUUAUACGGAUCCCAAAUUACGUACAGCAAAUUAUUAAUGUCCACCGAGACUUGAAAGUAACUAUAGACAGUUUACGAGAGACAGAGAAAAUUUUAUUGCGAGGGUUUAAGUCAAUAGACAAAAUAGAGAUAAAGUUUAUGAAUAUUGUUAGUAAAUGA